AUGGAUAAUUCAGAGUAGGAAAGAAGAAGAAUUGAGAGAAAAUUGAAAUACAAAAUGCCUGUUACAUUUAGAUGGGGUGCUCUUCUUGGAUUAUUUGGAGGUAUCAUACAUGGAGGUCUCAGUGGAGGAAGAACAUUUUAUGCAUUCUCUCAUAGUGUUGGUGGAGCACUAGUGAUUGGUUUAGGACUAUGUUAUCAUGAUUUUUAUUUAUAUGCCAGAACAUAUUGGUGA